CUAGUCCCGUCUCCUUGCUGUAAUUGGCGGCUGUUUGACCUGGCUUCAGCUUACAUGUCGCCGCCGUUAGCAGGUAGCAGGACAAUGGCGGAGGAGCCUGCUAACGAGCACGGCUUUACUGAGGUUUCUGAGCAGCAGCCACCGCCGCAGCCUAAGUCCUCUGUGCUUCGACUGCGUGGGCUCCCAUUCUCGGCUGGAGAGGAGGAUGUUCGCCAUUUCUUCUCGGGAUUUAACGUAGCUCAGGUCGUCAUCGGCAAGCGCGCAGGUCGUUCUACUGGCGAGGGCUACGUGCAACUUGACUCCACGUCUGCAGCAGCGGAGGCAAUUAUGAAGCUGCACCGGCAGACUUUGGGCCACCGAUAUAUCGAGGUCUUCGAGUCCACAGAGGCCGACCUUGCCACAGCAAAAUCACUAAGCGUGGACCGUAUGCGCGGCUUCGUUGUGCGCUGUCGCGGACUCCCUUACACGGCAACCGCUCAAGAUGUGCUGAACUUUUUCGGCUCAGACGCGCCGGUCGUCCGUGGGAUUGAAGGUGUUGUAUUUACAUAUGCUCCUGACGGUCGCCCGACUGGCGAAGCCUUUGUGGAGUUUCAGACUGAGGAUGCGCAGCGCGAAGCGCUUAAGAAGCACAAGGAAAGCAUGGGCGCGCGCUACAUUGAACUCUUUGUCAGCACAAAAGUAGAUAUGAUCCAGGCGAUUCAGCAGAACCGCCUGAUUCUUGGCUACUCCAACCGCAAGCGCUGGCUGCAGCAGCAGGGUAUCAAUCUCGCACCGGGUCCUGCCCCUGGUCACAUGCAUCCUCACAUGCAGCCACAGCACCAGAAUCAUUACGGGCCCCAGCAGCACCAUGGCCCGCGCAGGCACCCGCAGUACGGGCAGGUGGAGGAGGUGACGGAGAUGAUGUCGGGUGCGUUCCCCUCGACAGCUAUGGCGGGGAGGCGCGGUCGCGGAGGCUUCAACAUGGGGGGCAUGGGCGGGCAUGCUGUUCAGGUGAUCGGUCCUGGUGGCCAGAUGCUUCCGUCGGGAACGUACCAACUGGAGGUCCCCCGUGAAGGCGGCGGCAAGCAGCAGCAGCAACAACAGCAGCAACAGCAGCAGCGGUUCGGCUUUCCGGGCCGAGGUGGUGGCCGGGGCGGUGCGCGGGGCCCUGGACCAGCCGCAUUCCCGGGUCGCGGCCCUGCUGGUGGCAUGGUCAUGGGUGGUCGCGGUAUGCAGCAGUUCGGCCCAGCACGCCCGCCACCGCAGGUUAUGGCGAUGGCGCCCAUGCCCCCAGCCGCGCGCCAGACUGCGCAAGUUGUGCCCGUGGCUGCGGCCGCGGGGGCGGGUAACGGUGGUCAAACGGUGAUUAUGCAGGAGGUGCCACAACAGGCUGGCGCGCAGUACAUACAGUACGAGCAGCAGCAAUGGGGCCAGCAAGUCAUUGUGCAGCAGCCGCAGCAGCAGGGUGCUACUCAGCAGCAGUCGCCGUUAUACACUACUGGCGCUAGCUCGCAGCAAGGCACAGCUAUUCAGGGAGUUGCGCCCGGCACUUACACUCUAACCACUAGUGUUAUUCAAGUGCCGUCGGGUGCGGGGGGUGGCGCUGGCGGCUAUUCGGACUACCAGCAGCAAGUACAUUCGCUGCAGGGACUAGACGGUUCGGCCGGGACUGGCGGUCUGCAGGCAGCCGACAUGGGGUCCACGCUAAUGGCUGGGAUGCCGGGGCCAGGCCUGGGAGGUGGCGGGAUGCUCCAUAAUCACCAUCAUCACAUUAGUCGCUACGAUGGUCAUGCGCGUGGCCCUGGCCUCUAAACCCGGCAGUGCGACAGCUGCUGUGUCGCGUUGCGCUGGUGCUGAUCUCUUCAUGGCGAGCUGUUUUUGCCAACAACGGGGCGCAUGUAAUUACAUAAGGGCGCAACGACGUGUUGGCCUGGCCUACCAUGAACGGGAUUCAGCGCCUCUGAUCGCCACGUGCUGGACCUUCACGUGAAUUAUCCGGUGGCUUCACGUGCCAUGCGAUGGACCGAUGUUGUGGCAGUGGUGGUGGUGUAAGGUAGGGCAGUGUGAGGUGCUAAAUGUGACAAAUGGUGCACAAUGAUUGGCAUCAGGCUGGGGGACCCGCUGAUGGUAAGCAUUUGAGCCCACGGAUGGAAUGAAAUAUUGUGUGGUCGGUCGUCUAUCAGACCACCCGCAGCACAGGUGGAAAGCUCUACAGGUUUGGCCCAGAGGAGAUUUCAUGGCUAUGGCAGGCGAUGCGGCGGUGGCAUCGGACGGGAUGUGACCCCGGUAGAGCGCCAGGUGGCGGCCGUCGGCGCCCUUCACAAUCCUUUCCACACUCGUGCUGCUGGGUAAUGGAUGAUGACCUGUGGCUUUGCUUUAUUACGGCUUUCUUGCACGGGCCGGAUGUUGCCCGCGUUGCUGAUUGGCCCGCUUGCCUGAUUGGCAACGCGCUCCCGGCACGAGGUGAGUAAAGCUGUCAGGGUGGUCUGCACUCUCUGCAGUUUCUCCGGAAGGCCCAUGGCUAGGCAACGUAAUGACUUGUGAGAGAUCUUUCGGUUUUGGUGUGUUCUGUCCGUCUGCUUCUGUGCACACCGUCGUCCGGUGAUUCGCGUGCUCGGUCUACUCUCUAGCAUGUGGCUAACCAACAGACGGCUCUCUUAAAUCGUAGCGCGCUGCGGAUGGGAUUCCCAAAUGGUAGUCAUCUCCCAGUCAGCAGUUCAUGCGGAUAUCAAGAUGCGAUGGGUUGCUUAAUAGUGUGAUACCUCAAGGAGAUGAGUGGAGCAUUGCUCUUGGAAUUUAAGCACAUAGAGGCUUUGACUUGAACGAGGUGUUGUCAUUUGGCGGGCGAAAUAAUGGCGGAAAUGCCUUGUCUGACGUUUUGCUAACGGGAAUGGCUGGUGGAAAUGUUGGGUGAUGCUUUCGAUCAAUCCGGCAUCUUGUGUUUGGGAAUUAGGCCGUCUCAGAAGCCAUUAUAUUCUAUUGGAGAGGUUAUGCUCCAGGAGCAUGGCCGAGGCUGUUGGCUACGUACGUUUUUGCUGUUGCUGCUAUCCGCGGCUACUUUGCAAGUAUAAGAUGUGGGCCCAGAGGCGGCGGUGGAUGACUGGCUUUAGGUUUGCUUAGGACGUGCCAUGCCAAAGGUAGUAGGUGGGGUUCGCCGUUUGUAUGAUCCUUGUAUAAAAUCAGGGAGUUUGAAGACUUAUUGUGGCAGCUGCUUGGGGUGAAAACCAUGGUCAUCGCACAUUUAGGUAGCUCCAUCCGCAUUCUUGACCCUGGCGCAAAGACGUAUACCGCCGCGUUCGGCAGGACAAAUCACAUACGUGGCGGGGAUAAGUUACGUUUUGAUGGGUUAUGGUAUGCAGUCGCGUUCACGAAAGUACGGUGUUAUGUGUCUUUUCUGCUGUGCAAAUGGAUUACUUCAGCUGCUGGGCAAUCGCUGCUUUUUUUUAUUGAAUCUCACCCCCACCGGUCAAUUUCAUGUGGCCCCGUCUGUCGCAAUGAAGGUUUUCCAAGGUAAAGUUUGGUUAUGCGCACGCCCACCUUGCCAAGCGCGUGGAUGUCCUCCGAGGCGCUUCGCGUGCGGUGGGAUUACCUAGCCUGGCAGAGUCGAGAUUAAGAGCGCGCGCCUUCACUGCAUGCUUAGAUGCAUAGCACGUAACGCGGCGCUGCUGAUACCGGGUUGGCGUCGAUUAAGGGCGCAGCACAAUGUCAAUGCGUGCAUGCCCACGGUCGUACUACUUCUGGUGUGGCGAGUCCUCAUUUCCCUGCGAAAUGUGCAGGCCGGGCCAGGGGCAGACGUGCAGGCCGCCGGUUAGAGGACAGGCCAAUAGGAAUCUGCAACUUAUCUUGAAAGGUUAGUGUGUCCAAGGAACCUAUGAUAGCGAUAUUUUCGGUUAUGUGAUGGCAGAGGUAGACAUGAUCUGGUACACAGACGAGACCCUGCUUCGAGGCUCCUGGCGAAAAUAUUCCGAGCGCACGACGCGCGUGUCUGCAUGCAUGCGUGCUUAUGCUGUCGGUUGCACACUCCUCGGCUUAGCUGCGGGUGGCAUUGUGCGUUGGAGAAUGAGGUGGACCGUGUUGCACGGACGGCUGCGGACCCAAAUCAUGGGACACAACCGAGCGCUCUCAGGGGAUUGGACACCUCUGCUUUUGCAUGCAGUCUCCAUGUUAUAUAACACUUACAGGCAACACAGAUGCAGCUGCAUAAGAGGGAGAGUGUGUAACUUAAGCCGCUUAC